GUUUGAAAUUACCGUCAUCAAUGUCGCAGGAGACGACGGUGAAUAGGUGCAGGGGCAGUUCUGUUGGUGCUCGCGAUGAUCGCAUUCGUAUAUAAGGCAGCCUGUUUAUAUCACACAGAGACAUGCCUGCUAUUGUCAUCAGCGCACACGGCGGGCACGAACUCGAGGCUCUUUCUGACGCAGUUGAUGACGUAAAUGUUCUGAAGGCCAAAGUCUGGGACUCUCAGUCCGAGUUUGAUUCUACCAAAGACAAGGAGACAUUCCGACAGUACGAGACUGCCUGCGAUCGCGUCAAGAAUUUUUACAAGGAGCAACAUGAAAAACAGACCGUAGCUUUCAACAUCAAAGCUCGCAUGGAAUUCAAGAGCCGGAAACGCGUUCGUAUGGGUAUCUGGCAAGCUAUGGAAAUGCUCAAUACACUUGUGGAUGACUCGGAUCCAGACACUGAGCUUUCGCAAAUUGAGCAUUUGCUCCAGACUGCCGAGGCCAUCAGACGCGACGGCAAGCCCGAAUGGAUGCAGGUUACCGGUUUGAUCCACGACCUUGGUAAGCUGCUCCACGUAUUUGGCAGCAAAGGCCAAUGGGACGUUGUCGGUGAUACCUUCGUCGUCGGCUGUGCUUUCUCCGAUAAAAACAUAUACCCCGGUACUUUCACCGGCAACCCAGACUUCCACGACGCCGUUUAUUCUACGCACUAUGGAAUUUAUGAACCUAAUUGCGGCCUUGAUAAUGUCAUGGUGUCUUGGGGUCAUGACGAGUAUCUCUACAAUGUCGUGAAGGAUCAGAGCUCGCUUCCUGCAGAAGGCCUUGCCAUGAUCAGGUAUCACAGCUUUUAUCCAUGGCACCGUGAAGGAGCUUACACGCACCUCAUGAACGAGAAGGAUCAUGUAGCACUUGAGGCCGUCCGCGCCUUCAACCCAUAUGAUCUAUACUCGAAGAGUGACGAGCCCUGCGAUGCUGAAAAACUUCGUCCAUACUACGAGGACCUCAUUUCUAAAUUCUUCCCUUCUGAGAUUGACUGGUAGAUGCGCGCAAUAGCGUGUACGGCUUUAUUCUAAGGUUAGCAUGGCAUAGACAUAGCCUGCGAAUACCGUUGCAGCAUAAUUUUGUAUUCCCUUCAAAAUCUGUGUCCUUAGUUCUUCUAUUCACUUUAUUGCAGCAGUAUUUUACUCCCCUAUUGACGC